UAGCACAAGUUGGCAGAGGAGUGUAAAAUUAAGUAAAAUACGUGGUAAGAGAAGCUCAAAGCUAUGGCAAAUAAACCGAAAAAACAAUCAGAAAACGCAAAUGAUUGGCAACAGAGCGAUGAGGAGGACAACUGGGAUGACUGGGGCGAUGAUGAUGAUAAAUUUGUGGAAUUGUCCGCGGCUGAAGAGCCCGAAAAACCAGUAAGCAGCGAGAGCAGCAACAAAAGCAACAACAACGCAAGUACAACACAAUCAGCACCAGCCGCUGAGGAUCAACAAAUGACGGCAUCUAAGGCAACAACUCCAUCGUCUGGAUCCUCGUCGUGGGGCCUGUGGGGCGGCAAACUAACGUCUGUGCUGACAACAGCCACCGAAGGAUUGGGCAACAUAACCAACCAAGUGAAUCAGGGCUUGAACCAAAUUAUAGGCGUGCCCGACCCCGAAGAGCUGGCGCGCAGCAAUGUAGCCGAGAAGGCGAAGGAGCAAGCAGCAGCGCCCGCAGAAACGGAAGCAGUUUCUCCAACGCGUGACAGUGAGAACGGGGAUCCUGGUGCGCCCGGUUUCGGACUGGGCUUUGUCACCACCUUGGGGUCCAAAGUACUAAACACGGGCCUUGACACGCUCGAAGGUAUUGGCAAGAAAACAAUGAAUAUACUGCAGGAGAACGAUCCCAAAUUGAUAAACAAGCGUAAAUUACUUGGCCUGGAUGCAAAUAAACCCAAUUUAAGCGCUAUUCUCUUGGAAGCCAAAAAGGAUGCCGAUCAAAUGGAGAACUCCUUGCGGCAGUUGGAGCUGGAGAAGCAAAAGGCGCAGCUACGCUUCGAGAUACUUUUUGAGAACUAUUGCGGACUGGUGCAUUACGAAGCCUUAGAAAUACUCUCCAAGGAGUCGCGACUCAAGCUGGACACACUUCUUGAGGCGGUGAGUGGAAAUGCAUUAAGCGAACUACAAGAAACGAUCAAUGAGGUGAAGGAGCUGCUCGAUCUGGAGGACUUGGAGUGCGAAAGUGAAGGCGACUAUGCGGCUGAAGGACUGGGCGAACGUUUGCUCUCCACCAUAGCCGACACGGAAGUAGGCAUUCAGUUCGACGACAUUGCUAAUCACUGGUCACAAUCACUUGGCUGGUUAGACUCCGAAGAGUCCAAGACCGCCGAUCUGGAGGAAACCUAUGCCAAGAGUAUACACGCACUCUCCGAGGCGUGUGCCCUGGAAAUGUGUAAGCUGCACAAAAUUGCCGAAUUGCUUUUAGUUAAGUCCCAUCACAGUACUGCCAACGAAGUCGACGGCAUUGCGAAUCUUUGCAAACAAUUCAACGCCCAUCUUCAGGGUCUGACGCAUCGCUAUGCGGCCAUUUUAAGUACCAAGAGCACCAGUGAUGAGGAGUUGGCCAAGACGCGAGAUACAAAUAUGCUGUUCACCGAAAUGUUGGCCGCCGUUAAGUUUAUAGAGCAGGCCUAUAAGCUAUUUACGCCAAUAUUGCAAAUGGGCGCUGUUUAGUCAUGUUUUUGUUGUUGUAUUUAUACCCUAGUUUGGUUUUAAUCUGUUUAAGGUAACUUCAACUCCUGUAUGCUAUCUCUUUAAAUAUAAUAUGCAUUCAAUACUAUGUGAUAACAUUCCAAA